AUCAACACACAGAUCUGAGUGAACAGACAUCUGUAACUUUGGACGAAACGCCACAACCAGAAACAUCAAGGACAGCUUCCCUGACUCACUCUUCAGCCCUAUCUUCUGGACGAUCUACUUCCGAAAAGGCACAUGUAGAUUUCCCUGAGCAACUGCAACAGAAUGAACACAUGACCUUCAACAUAUGUGAGCUCUGUACCUGCACAGAGGAUACCCUCUCCUGCACCGGUCUCAGUCCAGAGAAGAGACUCCGUAGAGUGCCUGUGCCAGGGCCCAACAUCAACAGGACCUUCACUAUACUAAAUUUCCAAGGAAACUCUAUUUCUUCCAUUGAUGGAAAUACAUGGAAGGCAUACCCUUGGGUUGAGAAACUAAUCCUCAGUGACAAUUCUUUGACUGAAUUACAUAAGGAUUCAUUUGAAGGCCUGCUAUCCCUCAAGUACUUAGAUUUAUCUUGCAAUAAGAUACAGUUCAUUGAAAGGUGUACAUUUGAAGCACUACCAUUUUUGCAGCAUGUGAAUCUUGGUUGCAAUUUAAUCACUGAACUGAGCUUUGGAACGUUUCAGUCCUGGCAUGGAAUGCAGUUUUUACACAAGAUAAUUCUCAGUCAUAAUCCUCUAACAACUAUUGAAGAUUCAUAUCUUUUUAAAUUGCCAGCAUUAAAAUAUCUAGACAUGGGAGCAACAUCAGUGUUGCUUGGACCAGUCCAAAACAUCCUCAUGAUGACUCUUGAAUUAGAAAAACUGAUAUUACCUAGGCAUCUCACCUGCUGCCUCUGUCAAUUUAAAGUUAUUAUUGAAAUCAUGUGCAAGACAGUCAAACUACAUUGUACCACUCAAUGUUCUACCAGUACCACACACUGUGAUGAGGAAGAGUCCAUAAGCAACACCAAAGGGGACUUCAUGAAGGUUUUACAGGCCCGAAAGACGACAACCAGCACCGAGCUAACCAUUGAAUCGGAGAACACCUCGCCAGAGAGGAACAGCAUGUCCCUUUUAGUGAACGAGCAGCUAGACGUGAAUGAUGAGAGUGAUAUCAGUACUGGGCUAAAUUACAUAGUGCCUUUUCUCCUGGAUGGGAACAUAGGAGAUUUUGAAUCAACAUUGUUACCCUUCGUUAAGCUCCUUUUUUCAGAUAUGCAAGAUGGAGCAAAUCCUCUGGAACAUUUGAAGAAUAGCACAAUUCCGAUGUCUCUACAGCUCGAAUCCAACAAUACAACAUACAAUAAGUCGAAAAGUCUCCAUUUUCUGGAAAGCUUGAUAAAUGCAGGAACUCAAGCAAAAGUUCACAAAGCUAGAAAGAGAGAGAAAACUGCCACGCUGGUCAGUUCCAUACUUUUAGGGCCCAAACUGAAACAUCAAAUCUUUCCGAAGAAAUUGAAAACUGUCUGCCCAAAGAGAAAGCACUUAGAAAAGGUGGAGGAGGGGGAGAGGAAACCACUGCAGAUGAGCAGCACGUUCAAGAACCCCGGGGGCCUCCAGAAGAGGCGCUUCAAAGAAGGGGGCAAUCAGCACAGCCUAAGGAAAGGGGAGGCUCUGCCCACGACGGGGAACAUUGCCCAAAAAAGAAGGCUCAGGCAGCCGGCCCCAAGAGAACCGAAAGAGCUUCCCUUGGCAGGGAGGCCCACGAAAUGGGUGGAAAACUCCUUCAAUGAAGAGACCUCCUCCAUCCAGGAGCACAAAGUGGUGUUCUCCAUGCCCCUGAAAGAGUUCUCCAUGGGCAACCCAUCUGCCGCCACUCCUAAAGUCCCACCCAAGAACCCCAAAGACCUAAGGGACAUUCUCCGUCUGGGACACAGAAGGGCCAAACCCAGAGUGAAUACAGAGACGAAGGAAUCAGCACCGGAGAGGCCAGUGCGAGUCGCCAAGCGGCCUCCUUUCGCUGCAGUAAAGAGCCUCAUCAAGUCCCCGCCAAGAGAGGAGUCUCUGUCUUGGAGAGAUCAGGACAAACCUUUGCUCCAGUCCUUUCAACCUUCACACUCAUCUGCAGGAAAAAGGACUGCAGAAAGCACGAAUGCUGCAAAUGGGACAAACACCAGAGGCAUCACGGUGCCAGAGAAAACUGUUGGUAGCAAAGGCACCUCCCAUGAGAUGGAAGCCCCGAUGGUGGACAACCUCACGCCGACUGUCAAGCAGUCCAGAGAGAUGCAGUGGGAAUAUCACAACGUGGCCACGGACAUCGUCUCUGCCACACAAAGACCAGACCCAAGAGAACAACUGGAGAUGGAAUACAUCCAGCAGCUGCGGUCCCUUAUCCCCAACAAUAACGUGAGGAAGCUCAUUGCUCACAUGAUGCGGACUAUAAAAAUGGACUGCUCUGAGCCUCAGUUGAAGCUGGCAUGUGCCAAGCUCCUCUCUGAAACCGGCCUCCUGAUGAAGCGUCUCAGUGAGCAGGAGGAAGGAAAGGUUCCCAAGCCAGAAUGGGAUACGGACCAGUGGAAGACUGAGAACUUCAUCAGUGACAAUACCGAAGGCCAGGAUGAACAGAAACAGCCAGAGGAAAGUGAGCUCACAAAAGAAGUUCCAGGAUAUGGCUAUGAUAACAAAUUAUUCUUGGCAAUAUCUGUGACUGUACUCGUGAUGAUAUUGAUUAUAAUUUUCUGUCUCAUUGAGGUAAGAACAGUUCAUUCAGACUUCCAGGAUUUAAUCUGUUCUUCUUUGGAUUAUUGCUUCAUAGGAGAAGUUCAGUGGAACAUGAGCCUCAGGCAGCCCCUGUGGUUGAGGGACAUGUAUCAGCCACUCAAUGCCACACGUCAGAAAAACAUGGCACGGAAGCUACACAACAAGGAUUCCUCAGACGAGGACGAGACUUUCAACAGAAACCAAGGGUAA